AGUGUUGGCAACUUAGCGACGUUGUCGUUAUAUUUAUCAAGUAUUCAAACCCCUCUAGCGACACAUUUUCAAAAAAGCGACUAGCGACAAAUCUAGCGACUUUUCCUGGUGUUAUUGGAGACUUUUGGAGACUUUGACGUGAAAGCACGUAUCGUUCUUACUCUUCUCAACGAGCAGCGUGUGCUGCGGUGGGCCCCACCCCGUCCCUUUCCUUACUGAGGAGUUGGCAACACACCAAGUGCCUGCGCAAAGGUGAAAGUGAAAGUUGGGUCUCAGUAUAGGACUGAGGUGUAGAUUGUUCUGUAAAAACGUUUAGAAAUGCACAUAUAGUGACUAUUAGAGUGGUUAUGGAUUUAAAUAAACUAUUUUGAAUGUGAAGUGGAGGACGUGAAGACCAGUAACGUUAAAAUGGCCGAGUCCAGAGUUCAUAAUCAGUUUAAACUCACCUCAGAAGACCAUGUGGAGGCUGAUGUUGGUGAAGAGGUCACCCUCCCCUGUCACCUGUCACCUGAUACCAGUGCUGUUGCCACGACGAUCAGGUGGUUUAAAAGGACAGAGUGUAUUUACCUGUAUAAGAAUGGCCAGGUGACAGAGAGGAGUGGCUAUGAGGGCAGAGUGAGUCUGAUCACCCAGGAGCUGGAGACAGGCAACGUGUCUCUGAGGCUGAGAGACUUCAGGAGGUCAGAUACAGGAGUCUACAUCUGUCAGGUCAUCCAUGGAGAACAGAAGGAGGAGGCUGCAGUGGGUUUAUGGAUCAGAGGAUGUAAGUGUUCUAGAACUCCAGUAAUGUUUCUAAACACCUUUUGGGGAUUUGUCUCAGGAUCACCGUAUUUACAACGUGAGACCCAGGAGGACAAGCUGAAGAGGGAGGCAUCAGCUGGUGAGCUUGAGUUGAAGAUGUUUAAAGAGAUGAUGAAACAACUAGAGGAGAAAGACACACAACUGGAUGAUAUGACCCAGGAAGUGAGAGAGAAAGAGAGACUCCUGGAGGAGAAGAACCAGAUAAUGGAACAGAGGGAGAAACUACUGGAAGAGAAAGAAAACCAACUGGAAGAGAAAGACAAGCAACUAAAGGAUAGAGACAUUCAACAAGAGGCUCUGAGAAAGAACCUGCAGGACAAGAACAGCCAAGUAGAGAACGUCAGAGUCCUACUGCAGGAAAAAGACCUUCAACUAGAGGACAGGAACCACAGACUGGGAGAGAAGGACAGACUACUGGAAGAGAGAGACAAACUACUGGAGGGAAAAGAAAAUGAACUUAAAGAGAGGAGACAGGAAGUAAAAGAGAGGAGACAGGAAGUAGAAGAGAAAGACAACCUACUAGAGGAGAGAGAGAACCAGUUAAAGGAAAGAGACAAACAGGUGGAGGAUGUCAACAAUGAAAAUGCUGAACUGGCUCAACAGAUAUGUGAUGUGAAGACUGAGGUAGAGAGACUGAGAAGAGAGAUCUCAGCCCAGAUGACUGAACAUGGAGAGACGUCAGAUACAGGUUCCAUCCUCCCAGUCAGGAGGAGACACAGCAUGACGGUUCCUCCACUUAUGGGAGGAGAGACCUCAGAUACAGACCCCACACUUCCACUGAGGAGGAGACGCAGCAUGGAGUUACCUCCUCCAUCUAUGGGAGGAGAGAGCAGCAGUCCAGACUCCCCAUUGUCUCCCAGUGUGUCUGAGCUGAGACUGGUGCUGCUGGGGAGGACUGGGGUUGGAAGGGGUGCAGCAGGAAACACCAUCCUGGGCAGAGAGGAGUUUGGGGCCCAGGCCAGCCCCUCUGCAGUGACCCAGAGGAGUAAGAGGAGAGAGGGGGACGUGUGUGGGAGACGGCUGGUGCUGGUGGACACUCCAGACUGGUUCUGUCCUGGACUCUCUCUGGAGGAGAUGAGACAGGAUGUGGGGCUCUGUGUCCGUCUGUCUGCCCCAGGACCCCACGCCUUCCUCCUGGUCAUACCAGUGGAGCCCUCUAAGGGGGAGGAGAGAGGGGUGCUGGAGAGAAUGGAGAUGUUUGGGGAGGGUUGUUGGGAACACACUGUGAUUCUAUUCACCCAUGAUGAUGGACUGAAAGAGCAGAGCAUUGAGGAGUUUCUCCAAGCAGGAAGUCGGGACCUCCAGCAGCUUGUAGAGAAAAGUGGGAGCAGGUACCACGUCCUCAACAUUAAGGACAGGGCCCAUGGCACUCAGGUAUCAGAGCUGCUGGAUCAGGUAGAGGAGAUGGUGGCAGGAAACAGAGAGAGAUUCUACAGCAGUCAGACCUACAAGGAGGCAGAUGACCAGGUUAGAGAGAUGGAGGGAAACAUCCAGAGAGAGAGAGGAGAGAAGAAACAGAGGGAGGAGAGAGACUUGAGAGAGAGGCUUCAGAAGGAGUUGCAGGACUCUUUGAUAAAGAUAGAGGGAGUGAUCCAGAAACAUGAGGGAGAUAUCAGAACACUCAGUGAAAGAACCAGUGAACUGGAGAGACAGGUGAAAGAAGAGAGGGAUGAGGAGAAGAAAAUAGAGCUGGAGAGGGAGCUGAAGAGGGAGUCUGAUAAGAGGGAGGAGAUGGAGAGAAAGCUGGAGAGAUUGAGAGAGAAGAGAGAGAAUGAGAGGAGGGAGAUGGAGGAGAGACACAGACAGGAGAUGGAGAACUAUGAAGGAGAAGCCAGAGUUGAAGCAGAGAGAAACCUGAUGAAGAUAGUCCUGCCUGAGUUACAGAGGAACAUCAUGAUCUCACAGACAAAGAUGCAGAGGGAGUUCAGCAGACAGAUGGAGGAGAAGAAUAGACAGAUGAAGGAGAAGGAUAGAGAGAUGGAGGAGAAGGAUAGAGUGAUUGUGGAAAGGGAUGGAGAUAUAGAGGGACUGAUAGAAAGACUGAGGGAAAUGUGUAAAUGAGUUAUUGUAACUAGCCUGAAGAAGUGCUGGGAUACAUGGAGAGGUAGAAGAAGAGAGAGGGAGAUAAUAACAUGAUAUUUAUCUGACAAUGUAAGAACAACCUGAUAGUCUGUCCUGUGAUGAGUGUCAUGGUGGGAAAACAGGUCAGAAUACUGAUCCUGUCUAGAACAACCUGAUAGUCUGUCCUGUGAUGAGUGUCAUGGUGAGAAAACAGGUCAGAAUACUGAUCCUGUCUAGAACAACCUGAUAGUCUGUCCUGUGAUGAGUGUCAUGGUGGGAGAACAGGUCAGAAUACUGAUCCUGUCUAGAACAACCUGAUAGUCUGUCCUGUGAUGAGUGUCAUGGUGAGAAAACAGGUCAGAAUACUGAUCCUGUCUAGAACAACCUGAUAGUCUGUCCUGUGAUGAGUGUCAUGGUGGGAUAACAGGUCAGAAUACUGAUCCUGUCUAGAACAACCUGAUAGUCUGUCCUGUGAUGAGUGUCAUGGUGGGAGAACAGGUCAGAAUACUGAUCCUGUCUAGAACAACCUGAUAGUCUGUCCUGUGAUGAGUGUCAUGGUGGGAAAACAGGUCAGAAUACUGAUCCUGUCUUGGUCAAAAUCUGUACUUCUGCCCCUGAGCAAUGCAGUUAACCGAAUGAUCUCCGGGCGCAGAAGACGCGGAUGUCGAUUAUUUAAUGUUGAGGAGAGUGAGAGGUCUACAGAUGUCACGCCCUGACCUUAGUUAUCUUUGUUUUCUUUAUUAUUUUGGUUAGUUCAGGGUGUGACAAGGGGUGGUUUGUUGUGUUUUUGUCCUGUCUAGGGCUUUUGUCCUGUCUAGGGUUUUAGUCCUGUCUAGGGUUUUAGUCCUGUCUAGGGUUUUUGUCCUGUCUAGGGUUUUUGUCCUGUCUAGGGUUUUUGUAUGUUUAUGGGGUUGUUUACUAGUCUAGGUGUUUUGUAUGUCUAUGGUUGCCUAGAAUGGUUCUCAAUUAGAGGCAGCUGUUUAUCGUUGUCUCUGACUGGGAACCAUAUUUAGGAAGCCAUAUUCCGUGGGUAAUCUGUGGGUGAUUGUCUAUGUGAUGUUGCAUGUUUGCCCUCAGUGUUGUUAGUGGUCAUGUUGUUGGUUUGUUUAUUGUACUUCGUGUUCAUUCAUCUUACAUUAAAAAUAUAUCUUCACAUCA